AUGAGGUAUGGUAUUCAAGGAGUUGAUGAAGAUAUUCAAGGAGUUGAACCAAGAAAUUACAAGGAAGCCUUUAACAGUAAAGACAAAGAAGCUUGGAUGACAAUUAUGAAUGAUGAGAUGCAGUCACUGGAAAAGAAUCAAACCUUAAUUUUGGUUGACAUUCCUAAGAUUCUUCAUGGUGAUCUUGAAGAAACCAUUUAUAUGCAACAACCUGAAGGAUUUGCUAAAGGUAGCAACGAGGUCUGUCUCUUAAAGAAAUCACUGUAUGGCCUAAAGCAGUGUCCUAGACAAUGGUACCUGAAGUUUAGCUCAAAUAAAGACCAUAUUAAAAGGCUAAAAUCUGACCUUAGUAUGAGUUUGAGAUGA